UCUUCUUCAACCACCAGAGCCGACUUGAGAGAUUGAGAGAAUCAACGUAAUCGAUAAUCUCGCAAAGUCCCAUCCUUUUUCAGAAAACAAAACUAGGAAAUGGUUGAAAGGCAUGGAGAGUUUUGAUUUGCUGCUUAAGAUCGUUAUAUCAUGUCGCAGUGCGUUGACGGUUUCAAGCAUUUAUGCACCUCGGUUUUAGGGUGUUUUGAUCUUGAUUUGUAUAAACAAUCCGGUGGUCUUGGAGAUCCUGAAUUGCUUGCAAGAGACACUGUUUUUAGUGUGAGUGAAAUAGAAGCUCUUUAUGAGCUGUUUAAGAAAAUCAGCAGUGCCGUGAUUGAUGAUGGGCUUAUAAACAAGGAAGAGUUUCAGUUGGCUUUGUUUAAGACAAAUAAAAAAGAGAGCUUGUUUGCAGAUCGGGUUUUCGAUUUGUUUGAUACAAAACACAAUGGAAUACUCGGGUUUGAAGAGUUUGCCCGUGCUCUCUCCGUGUUUCACCCAAAUGCACCUAUAGAUGACAAAAUCCACUUUUCAUUUCAGCUAUAUGAUCUUAAACAGCAAGGAUUCAUCGAAAGGCAAGAGGUGAAACAAAUGGUUGUCGCUACGCUCGCUGAAUCCGGAAUGAAUUUGAAGGAUACUGUCAUAGAGGACAUAAUCGAUAAGACGUUUGAGGAAGCAGACACAAAACACGAUGGAAAGAUCGAUAAGGAAGAGUGGAGAAGCCUUGUUCUUAGACACCCCAGCCUUCUGAAGAACAUGACUCUUCAGUAUCUCAAGGAUAUUACGACUACGUUUCCAAGCUUUGUGUUCCAUUCUCAGGUUGAAGAUACCUGAAAAUCAAAAACAAGCAGCAAGACAUUGUACUGUUGAACGUUACUCUUUCGUUAUGGUUUCUUAUUUGUUUCAUUUCUAAAUCUCUGAACUCAUUUUUUUUAUUGAGCUUUUUUUGUGAAGCAAAAUUCUUUUUUUUUUAGUUUGGUUUUUGUCCUUUUUGAUUUCGCUCGGCCUAUCUGUAGAUACAACUUUUGCAUCUUGAUCUUAUGGUAUGUAAAGUUUUUCAGUUUAUUAAUCCAAGUAAAAAGAUUUGCUUCAA